AUGGCGGGCACACGGAAUUAUGACUUCUUGAUCAAAUUAUUGUUGAUCGGGGACUCUGGUGUGGGCAAGUCGUGCUGUCUCUUGCGGUUUAGCGAAGACUCGUUCACCCCCUCAUUCAUCACUACCAUCGGAAUUGACUUCAAGAUCCGUACAAUUGAGCUGGAUGGGAAACGGGUGAAGUUGCAGAUUUGGGACACUGCGGGUCAGGAGCGCUUCCGAACCAUCACGACGGCAUAUUAUCGAGGUGCCAUGGGUAUACUGCUUGUCUACGACGUUACAGAUGAGCGAUCCUUCCACAGUAAAUAUCCUGCCCUCCCUUUUUUUUUCACCUUUGCUCUCUGUCUUUCCAUGACCUUGGCGUGCGAUUGUUCAAAAGGUGUCAUCACUAACCCCUAUUCACCUCUCCUAGACAUUCGAACCUGGUUUUCAAACGUCGAGCAGCAUGCCAGUGAGGGUGUGCACAAGAUUCUGAUUGGAAACAAGUGUGACUGGGAAGAGAAGAGAGCGGUUUCCACGGAGCAGGGCCAACAACUCGCCGAUGAGCUUGGUAUCCCCUUCCUGGAGGUGUCGGCCAAGAACAACACCAACAUUGAGAAAGCGUUCUAUAGCCUUGCCUCAGACAUCAAGAAGGGCAUGGACACUUCCAAGACCGAACAGACUGGUGCUCAGGGGGUCAGUAUAGACCAGGGCUCGUUGAAUGGUAACACUGGAGGAAAGUGUUGCUAG